CUCUGUUACUCUACUCUGUCUGGGAGCAUGUUCGAAGAAAGCAAAAAAGCACACUAAGCUUUGUCUCUCUGUUUUUCUCAACUUUUCUUCGUUUCCACUCAUUCCCCAAACUCCGCGGCAUCAUUUUAGGCGGCCAAGCAACAAAGAAGAACGAUCCUUCACGGCAUGUCCUGUUUUCACUGAUUUUGUUGAAAAGUGGCAUUUGGAGGGAUUUAUGAUGAUCUUUGCCACGUUAUCUCUUCACUGUCUAUGAAAUUUUUCCAGUUGGUGAACUGUGAAUUGAGAGGGACUGCAUUGAAUUUGCUUGGUGAUAAUUUUGGAUGGGGGAAAGAAAAUUGAAUUUUAAUGCACCUCUUAUGUCUGUGAGGCGAUUUUCUUCACCUUUAGCAUCUGAAGAUAGAUGGAAUAGGAAAAUAAUUGAGAAUUGUCCGCCCACCAGACAACUUGCACUUCCUUUUUAUAGAUCAGAAUUGGAUUUGGACCAAGUGACGGAACCUGUUGCGGUUCCUUUUCACUGGGAGCAGAUCCCAGGAAGAGCCAAGGAUGGUCAUGGACCUGAGCCCCAGCCUGCUGAUGAGGCCUCUACUACUCCAAGGCUUCCUCCUGGAAGGUUUUUGGAUAUUCUGAAACAACCUUUAGAAAAGGAAUGUAAAGAUACAAAUAGGUUUAGGUGUCAAAUUGAAGCAUAUCCUUCAAAUGACAAUGUGAUCCAAUUGGAGUGCUCCAAAGAGGGGAUAAAUGAGAAAGGGAGCUUGGAUUUGGAAGAUGGCAGUGAUGUUUACUCUGAUGCACUUGACACACUGUCUCCUACAGAUUCGAUCUCCAUGAACUAUAGUGCAAGUGGUCUGAGCGGGUCUGAUGGUCCUGAUGUGAAGCCCUCUGGAACCUUCUCUACAGAUCCACAAACUCGAGAUUUUAUGAUGAGCCGCUUCUUACCUGCAGCCAAGGCAAUGGCUUUAGAGCCACAUCGAUAUGCUUCAAGGAAGCAAGAUAUUCCACCUGAGCAACCUAGACAAGUUAAAAGAGUGGUUAGUGCGGAUAGGAGGCCCAUACUAAAUCAAAACAAGUCUGACAUUAUACCACUGUAUGGCCAAAAUAAAGACGAAGAAGAAAGUGAAGACGAAGAGGAUGACUAUGACAAUUCUGGCAAUAAUCCAGCUAAAGGUUGUGGGUUGUUCCCAUCAUUACGCUUUAAGAAUUCUUUGUGCCUCUUAAGUCCAGUGCCAGGGAUUAGAGUUAGGACGCAGGCUUCUGCGUCUUCCACCCGUGACACUGUUAGACCAAGCAAAACUGCUUAUAUUCGAUCUCACACUCAAACUGCCCAAAAGCAUGCUUGGGGUUCUGCUCAUGAUUCUAAACCGGACUACAGAGUUCGAUCAGCUGAACUGCAGAAGGUUGAUAAAAAGCAGACUGGUGAAUCCAGUCGGUUUACUCAUUCCGGAGAACUGCAAACAACAGGUAGGUUUUCUCCCUACAAGGGUGCUGGAGUAUCUCCCUACAGGAAUAAAGCAACCCAGUCUCCCUUUCCUGGAGCCAGGUUUCUUGGUGUUCCCAAAGAAGUUGAGAAUACCAAAGCCAAUAGGUUCAGUCUACAUGUGGAAGGCACCAACAAAAAUAAACAAGGGUCAGGAUCAAUGAGCCCUGCAGUUGAGAAGACAUUGUAUGUAGAUACUGUAAAUAUUGCAGAAACAUCAUUAUCAAAUUCAAGAUACUUGGAAACCAAGGGAUGGAUAGACUCUGCUGGUGAGGACUUAGAGACCUCAUUAGAGGGAAAAGGGUUGGAAGAAACUACUAAUGUUGAAUCUGUUUUCCAAGAUAUAAAAUGCCUAAAUAUUUCCUCGGAAGGGGACAUAUUAGAAUCCUUUGUGUCCGUUGAUGCCGAUUUAUCUUCUAUGUCCGAGAUAUCACGUCUAAAAGGCCAAGAUGUCAUGAUGGAUGGCUCUGGACAGGAUCAAGGACUUAAUAAAAGGUCCUUGGAAUGCCCAAAACUAAUUACUGAAGGAAAUCUAAAUAUCAACAGUGAUCAGGUCCAUAAAGCAGAUGAUCCAGGAAAUACUGAUUCUAGUUCUGUUAAUUCCCCUCUUCCCCUUGCUUUACCAAAGUCUCCUUCUGAGUCUUGGCUUUGGCGGACACUGCCUUCCAUUUCCUCGCGAAAUCUGUUUUCACAUUCAAAUCUUGGCACUCAUAUGCAUCUUAAAAAGCAUGCUCCUAAGACAUCCUCCACUAAUACCAAGUGGGAAACCAUUGUAAAAACUUCUCAUUUGCGGCGUGAUCAUGUUCGUUAUUCGGAGGAAUUAAUUACUCAUGUUUCUCAGCAACCCAAAACUUAGUAGCAGAGGUCCUUAAAAAGUCCGUAGGCUCAUUGGCUUGUUUGGGAAGUUAAGUUUUGAAAUAGUCAAAAGGUAGUUUAUAUCUUCCACCCCAUUAUUUCACCAUGAGGUUCUCCUACAACAUUGCUUCUCCUGGUAUGUUUGGUAGGAGGAGUUUGGUUUGCUCAAUUCUUGUAAUUCUUGUUUAAGUUUUCACAAGUUAUUUUUAUGUAUCCUUGUUUUUAUAGUACAGAGGCAAUAGUCAAACCAGAUCAUAUUUUUAAUUACUUGUAAUGCUCAUUAAUCUUUCCUACUGUCUUCAUUUUUCUG